AUGGCGCACGCAAAAGUACUUCUAACAUCGACCCCCUCUUUCCCAGUCAUUGGCUCCGGCCCCGCUGCUCACACUGCCGCUAUCUACCUCUCGCGAGCAGAGCUCAAGCCGACUCUCUAUGAGGGUAUGCUGGCUAACGGCACCGCUGCUGGCGGUCAGCUCACCACCACCACCGACAUCGAGAACUUCCCCGGUUUUCCCGAUGGCAUUGGCGGCGCAGAGCUCAUGGAGAACAUGCGCAAGCAGUCCAUUCGGUUCGGCACCGAGGUGAUCACCGAGACCAUCUCGCGAAUUGAUUUGUCCUCGAAACCCUUCAAGCUGUGGACGGAGUGGAACGAUGGACCCGAGCAGGGUCCCGCAUGCACCGCCGACGCCGUUAUCAUCGCCACGGGCGCCAAUGCUCGCCGUCUCAACCUGCCCGGCGAGGAGACCUACUGGCAGAACGGCAUCAGCGCUUGUGCCGUCUGCGACGGCGCCGUGCCCAUCUUCCGCAACAAGCCCCUGUACGUCAUCGGUGGAGGUGACUCGGCCGCCGAGGAGGCCAUGUUCCUCGCCAAGUACGGCAGCAGCGUCACCGUACUCGUCCGCCGCGACAAGCUCCGCGCCAGCAAGGCCAUGGCCAACCGUCUGCUCGCCCACCCCAAGGUAACCGUGCGCUUCAACACCGUCGCGACCGAGGUCCUGGGCGAGAAGAAGCCCAACGGUCUCAUGACCCACCUCAAGGUCAAGAAUACCGUCACUGGCGACGAGGAGGUCGUCGACGCCAACGGGCUCUUCUACGCCGUUGGCCAUGAUCCCGCCACCGCCCUAAUCAAGGGCCAGAUCGACCUCGAUGAGGACGGAUACAUCAUCACCAAGCCUGGAACCAGCUACACCAGCCGCGAGGGUGUCUUUGCCUGCGGUGACGUCCAGGACAAGCGCUACCGCCAGGCCAUCACCAGUGCAGGAUCCGGCUGUAUCGCCGCUCUUGAGGCCGAGAAGUUCAUUGCGGAGUCCGAAGGUCCCGAGGAGGAGGCCGUCGUCUCCAAGACCGGCGACCGCUCCACCGUCCAGCCCGCCGCCCAGGAAGUCGAUGGGGAGGUCAAGAAAGACCCCAAUGGCGCCGUCCCCGAGUACAAGUCCAACCCUCUGCUCUAA